AUGUUAUACGUUUUAUUACAACUAAACGACGUCGUCUAUUUGGAUAGAAUUUCAAAACAAAAGUCCAAGACGCUGCCUCUUGAUUUAUUUAUUUUCCUUUAUUUUGGUCCGCAACACCACCUCAGGCAUGAAAGCCCCAAAAGUAAAUACAUCUGUUUCGGUUGUUGCCUUUCCAGUUCUGACCAAUUCUGGGGCCAAAUAGCCCACAGUUCCCAUAAGGCACUUUCCUUAGUUCUGCUUUCUGCAUAUUACAAAGUUCUUGGAGGUCUCUCCUUUGUUGCUGUUGCUGCUCUGCUUCUCUCUGUUGGUUGCUACCAGAUAUCAUUUGGGCCUAUCAGUUGGCUGAUGGUGUCAGAGAUUUUCCCACUUCGUACAAGAGGAAAAGGCAUCAGUCUUGCAGUUGCUUACUAACUUUGGUUCAAAUGCUAUUGUUACCUUUGCAUUCUUGCCAUUGAAGGCAUUUAUCCAAACUCUAUCAAUCUAUUUAUCUCAAAAGUUCUUUAUUGAUUGUCCUUGAUUCCUAUUUUUGAUAAACUGGUUUAUCAAAUGAUUGGCAUUAGCAUUUGCUAAUUCUGCAGGAGUUGCUGGGAGCAGGGAAUCUUUUCCUUCGUUUUGGUGCUAUUGCCUUGUUAUCAGUUUUGUUCAUAACUCUGAUAGUCCCAGAGACCAAAGGUUUGAGCUUGGAAGAAAUUGAACCCAAAAUCCUGAAGUGAAACCUCAAAAGGCACCAGUGUAUACCAAAGAUUAUAUGUAACACUGUUGUAGAAAUUCCAAAUGGCUUCAUGUUAUG